CUUUACCUGUCGGCAACAGCACAGAGUGUACAAUGAGACACUCCGAUCAUCAUUAUCCUUUUCAACACCUCACACACCAUUCCAUUUCCAUAUAAUACUCCGCCGCUACACCAAUUCCUCCAUCUCCGCCGGUAUAAACACACACACACACACACACUCGCCGGCGACCGUUUUGAUUGUUAUUAUGGCAACUGAGCUACCUGCAAAGGUUGAAUCUGAGUUGGCACCGGCGAAGGUUGAGACACCUGUUGACGUUGCACCGGAGAAGCCUGUAGAUCCUCCGACUGUACCUGAAACUAAGGCCGAUGAUUCCAAGACACUCGCCGUUGCUGAAAAGACUUCAGCUCCUGAGGUGGUGAAAAAAGGGUCAAGCAACUCCCUUGAUAGAGAUGUUGCGUUGUCUGAGCUUGAAAAAGAGAAACAAUUGUCUUUCAUCAAGGCCUGGGAGGAAACUGAAAAGUCGAAGGUGGAAAACAAGGCACAGAAGGAGCUAUCCGCUAUAACUGCAUGGGAAAACACAAAGAGAGCAGAUAUCGAAGCUAAGCUGAAACAAAUCGAGGAGAAAAUGGACAAGAAGAAAGCAGAAUAUGGAGAAAAGAUGAAAAACAAGGUGGGUUUAAUUCACAAACAAGCUGAAGAAAAACGAGCCAUGGUCGAGGCCCAGAAAGGCGAAAACAAGUUGAAAGCCGAGGAGUUGGCCGCGAAAUACCGUGCUACCGGCACCCUCCCAAAGAAGUUCCUCCUUUGCUUUGGAGGUUAAAUUCAGAAUCUUGCAAGUUUGUGAUUAUUCUAAAAGAAGACGAUGAUCGACCCCAAAUCCUACGACGAUUGUAAGUUGCUUAUGUUAUUUUUAUCAGUUAAUUCCAUGUUCGUUUAAUCGUUUGUUUGUGAUGUUUUAUAGGAAAAACAGUUUACGAAUUUCAUAAUCAUAUAUUGUAUC